CAAUAACAAGGCAGAGAACGUAAUGAUGUGCGAUCUUUGUUGUAAUUAGUUGACGUCUGCAGCCUGGCUAUGCAUCACGGAAUAAGCGCAACAACCAGCCCCACAACAAUUGCAUUUACAAGGCAAACAAAAAUAAAUACUAAAGCAACAAGUACAAACCAAAAGCGGAAACGGAAAUGCUACGGACAGCUUAGACCGGCAGCAAAAGCUUCAACGGCGCCGACCUAAUGUGCUAUAGGCAGCAACAACACCAACAAAUGCAACAACAGCAAAGCUCAUUGAGUGUUUUGCAUUUGCGACCAUGUCCGACGUUGAGAAGGCGAUUAAGGGCGAUCCACAUGAAGACGAUGAAGACAAUGGCCAUGCCGCUGAUGACGAGUCACAACAAAUAGCUAAAUCAGUAAAAGUAUUGCCAGCCCCAGCAGCCAGUACAAUACCAGCUAGCCGCCCGCAACGCUGUUUCAGCCUACUGCUCAAGCUUCUGUGUUCCACUCCCGGCCUGGUGUUCCUAGUCAUUGGAUACUCCGUUCUGGGUGCGCUCAUUUUUCCACUAUUUGAAUCCCCGCAGGAUCUAAGUAAAUCAGCAGUCAUUGCGAAGAGUCGCGAAGACUGUUUGCGUGAACUGUGGACAAUAACGGAGAAACUUAACGUUUUGUACGAACGAAACUGGACGAUGCUGGUGCACGAGCAGCUGCGCCGCUUUGAAGGCUCCAUUGUGGCGGCCACGCGGCAGGGUGGUUCCACCGCAGCCUCCACAUACAGUGGAUUGUCUGCUAAUGCCCUGGGCCACUUUGGAUAUGAUGCGGCGGCAAGCGGAGAGCGUUGGACAUUCAGUGAAGCUCUUCUCUAUUCGGUUACUGUGAUAACAACAAUUGGCCACGGCAGUUUGACGCCACGCACAGCAGCUGGAAAACUAGCCACAAUUUUCUAUGCCCUCAUUGGCGUGCCGCUAAUGCUGAUGUGUCUGUCCAGCUUGGGCGCAUUGCUUGCAGAGGCGCUACAAUGCACCUAUGUGCGGCUCUGCUGUCAUCUACAACGUGCCCAUGCCAAAGAGAAGACGCAAGAUCUGGCCACUGCGAAAGGACGCCAAACAGCCUCCCAUGGGGGCAGCUGUAAGAGCUGUAAGUACGAUGUGGCGAACAGUGAGACCAGCUUAAACGAGUGCUAUGAAUAUGGACACACGAACAUUCUGUCCAAACGCAAGUUGUCGCUAGAGCAGACGGAAGAUUGCCAAUUGCUGAGCAAUGCAGCGACGAGCAAGUUUCAGCUGCAGCAACAUUACCAACAGCAACAACAACGUUGUCAGCUACCACAACAACAGCAGCCGGAUGUGAUGCUUAUGGCAACAACAACAACGGAGAAUGCCAUGCUGAAAUAUGCACCAUCGCCACCACCGUCACAGCAACAACACGCAUUGCAUUACAUUAAUUCGCAGCAACAGCAGCAAUUAUCGACAGCAACCCUGCCACGCGCUCAACACCCACAACAACAGCAACAUCGGCCCAAUUUCGUAGCAGUUCCUAGCAGCAUGCUGCGCUUUAAUGUUGCUGGACCCACCGGACCAUCAGAGGCAACGCCGCAUGCACCACCAAACUGCUAUAGGUCUGCAACAGCUACGAUUUACUUUCCAUUUGCGCCUGCAUCGGGCACGGAUAUCCCUGCACAUGGCAGCCAUCUGACGGCUGCGUCAGCUGGAGCCCAUUGUCAACAGCCUUUGGUCAAAUAUCACACAAUACACUUGCAGCCAUCGGCCAAGCGUCUGCUGACCGCGCUCGAGCCUGUUGUUGUGACAGCGUCCACAGUGAAGGCCGACGCACAGGCCGAGGCUUCGCCGAUGUCCACAUUGGAGACCAUAACGUUGCCACCGCCGCCAGCCUAUCAAACGGCAAAUGUGAAUGCUGUGCGUUGCGCCAAAUUUGUGACCAAACCGUUGCCGCAUAACACCAAUUCACUCCUGGCUGGCGGAGCUCCUGAUAUAUCUUGCAGGCAUGAUUUAUUUACACAUGCAUUAACAACGACAGCAACAACAACAACAGCGUCUGCCAUGGCGUCAGUAACAGGCUCGACAGUAGCAUCAUCGGGAGUGGGGGCUGCAACACGGUCUACGGCCACUCCACCAUUAUUAACCUUCUCGGCAGCAACAAGCCCACAACUGUCAGCGUGCAUCAAAGCAACAACAGCAGCAACAAUGGCCGAUAACAGUUUAAUGGCCGCAGGUGUCUGCAGCAGUGCGGCAAUGACAUCGACAACUGCAAUUGGGCCGCGGGCGACAGCAACGGCUGCUGCGACUGCAACAACAAGCGGCCGCGCAGCUGCAGCAUUGUCCGCUUUGCUGAGCUCAACUGGCAACGUGGACAUAAUGGAGGAUGAGGAUGAGCACGAUCGCGAGCGUCUAAGCAACUGCCCGCACGGAACACCCUCACGCGUGCCACUCAUAGCGAGCUCGGCUGCCUCACUUGUGGUGCCACACAGCUCAGCAUUAGCCGCUGCCGAAAGGUCAGGCUCGCAGGCGCGCAGCCUGCUCAAUGCCACGGCCGCGUCAUUUCAUCGCCACACGCUGCAGCCCUUAAAUCGGAAGACGCUAUUGCUCACCAGACGCUGCCAGAAGCAUGCCACAUUGUACGAUCCCACAUCCACUACAGAGGGGUCGGAAGAUGAGGAGUGUGGUGCUGGCGAAGAAGCUGGUUCUUCUGCUGAUGCCACGUGCUUGCAGCACGGCAGCGAACAAUUUGUGCUGAAGAAGCUUAGCGCCAGCCAGCGAAGUAGUCAUAUGGGCGACACCGAUGACUGCGAUGAUGAUGACAAUGAGCGGUGUGAGCCCUACGAGCAUCUGGGAGUCCAUCCAGUCCCCAUUAGUGUUGUGCUGCUCAUACUCAUGUGUUACUUGUGCGUGGGUACGUUCUUUUUCGCCCUGUGGGAGAACUGGUCGUUGGUCGAUGGCGCUUAUUUUUGCUUCGUCACGCUAUCCACUAUUGGCUAUGGCGACAUUGUGCCGACGCGCAGCUUUAAUGGACCCGAGGUACAGCUAUAUGCCUGUUGUGCCUACCUAUUGCUCGGCCUGGUACUGGUGGCCAUGUCCUUCAGCAUACUGGAGACUCAGCUCAUGUGGAAGUGCAAACGCAUUGCGGUACGACUGAAGCUGGCCAAGAAUUGAUAGCAGUGCGAGGACACUUUUAUGCUGUGUACAUAGCUUAAACAUCUCUUAAGGACUCUGAGGAUAAUGAUCAUUAAAAUGACUCCUAUUAGGCAUACUUAUAUCGAAUUAGAGAUCGUAGUUUAACACAUGGAGUAUAAUUAAUCAACUAGUGCGUGCGUGGUAUUUGGUGUAAAGUGAACUAAAGUUAAUUUAUGGACACUACAAGUAUGUACAUUUUAAACCUAGCAAAAAUAAUGUUAUCAGACAUUUG